AUGACAUAUGUACGCAAGGGCUCAAAGACAAGGGCACAGCAACACCGGUCUGUGCAAAGCAGGGAUCUGCUAUGGGUCAGUGUAAAUGGCUGCCACAUUCUCAAUGUGUACAGACAGCCUGAGACAGACGCAGUCAUGGACUAUCUGACCAAUCUGAGCCCACCAGCCCGCUGUCUGAUAGGUGGGGAUAUCAACGUACGGCAUGAUGCCUUUGAACCAGGGGCAGUGAAUCUGCACCGGGGCGGGGAGCUUGUCCAAUGGGCCAGUGAACAUGGGAUGGACUUUGUGGGAGAGAUAGGGGUUCCGACUCAUGCAGCAGGUCAUGUGAUUGAUCUCACCUUCUCCAAUGUGGCCUUUGCUUCCACUACAGUGCGUCAAGAUCUACACUGCGGCUCAGAUCACCAGUCUAUGAUCACUAUGCUGCCAACAACACCUCAAACACAGCCGAGUGAUGCUCGGAUCAAGAUCACAGACUCUCAGCUGGAGCCCUUUGCAGAUCUUGUCAGAGGUCUCAUGGUGGACAUGCCUUGCCCAGAGGGGGUUGGAAAUGUGGCACAGCUUGAUGAUCUGGCCCAGCACUUCACUCAGAGUCUUCUGGCUGCAGCUCAGGCAGUCAGUAAGCCAGCUCAACAAGGGCGGACCACAGCCCCCUGGUGGACAGCAGACUGCCGAAGAGCGCACCGAGAGCUCACCACUCACCAGACAGAGGCCGCGAAGCACCAGUUCAAGGAUGCAGUGCGCAAGGCCAAGCGUGCAUACUGGAGGCAGGUGAUCAAUGAGGCCAGAGAUGGUAGAGACCUGUACCGGGUGGUGGCAUGGCAUAAGCUGGAACCCAACCUCAGAGCACCCCCUCUGGUGAUUGGGGAUCAGGUCAUAGAAGAGACAGCCGCCAAAGCUGAGGCACUUCAACAAGCAAUUCUGAAGCGAUACAACUCAGCUGAUGAUCUGGAGUACAACCCACUGGAUGAUGAGCACUGGAGCGGCAUGGGGAACCUGCCCUGGAACCCCCGGGUUGGGAUGGAGGAGGUGGAGCGCAACACCAUUGGGGUACAGAGCACCUCCCCAGGCACGGAUGGAAUCACAGUGCGGAUGCUCAAAGCAUGCUGGCAGCAUGUGUCCCUCUUUAUACAGCAGCUAUACAACUGCUGCCUCCGGCUCUGCCACUUCCCACGAGCCUGGAAACUGGCAGAGGUGGCAAUGAUACCCAAGGUGGUCAGCCCACAGCAUGGGGGGGCGCUGCCCAGACGAUCUGCAAUGGACCUGGUAGCUGCUUUCACUCAUGAGGUGGAGGCAGCCUUCGCACAAAACAAAGAAGUGUCCAUGGUCACAAUGGAUGUGCAGGGUGCCUUUGAUGCUGUGCUGCGCAGGCGGCUGCUUCAGCGGAUGGCGCAGCAGGGGUGGCCACGCGAGCUGCUGCAGCUCAUUGACAGUUUCCUCACUGAACGCAGAGCUCAGGUCCGGCUGGAGGGGACCACCACAGCAGCACAUCAGAUGCAAUGUGGCACGCCACAGGGGUCUCCUUUGUCACCAAUACUGUUCCUUCUGUACCUGGCAGAGCUGCUGUGGCAAAACUCGGAGUUGCGCUUUGGCUAUGCGGAUGAUCUGAACAUCUGGCGGGCGACCCACUCACUUGACAACAAUGCCACCCUUCUCAGACAAGAUAUACAGAGUAUUCUGAGGUGGGGGGAGAUAAACAAGGUGGCCUUCGCACCAGAGAAACUUGAGAUGAUCCAUCUUACAAGAAAGCGACACAAUGAGGCACCAGCAGUAGUUGUGUCUGAGGACCUCACUGUUCACCCUGUUACUGCCCCAGCUGGACAGGAGCCAGCACUUCGCUGGCUGGGUGUACACUUCGACAGAAGGCUCACCUGGAGACCACAUGUCUCCACCCGGGCAAAGAAGGCAAGGGCCGUGGCCCAGCACAUCCGGAGUCUGGGAAAGACCAGAGACGGGCCCCCAGCAGACGCUCUGCGGAAGGCGGUCACCACCUGCGUGGUUCCCUCACUGCUCUAUGGCACAGAGGCCUGGUACGGCGGCCGCACGCAGCCAGCAAGGCACACGGGCAGGAGUGGGGAGGUUAGCUCCCGCCUGGGAUGGCAUGUGGGGACAGUUGAGAAGGUGCUUACUAUGGCAGCCAGAGGGGUCCUCCCAGUUUUCCGUACAACGUCCAUCGCUACCCUAUACCGGGAUGCUGGGCUCCCAUCAGCAAUGGUAGCUCUGGAGGAGGCCAAAAUUCGAUUCGCGACAAGGCUUCAGGUGGUGGAUGAGAAGCACCCACUGGCUUCACGGAUAGCACCUCCAAUGAUCACACGAGGAAGAGGGGCUGGAACCCGGCAGCGCUCAAAGACCAAGAUCCAGCGGUUGGGGGCGCUGCUACCUGCAGUCAAUAGACCCACACUUGCCAUCCCACACUACUCAGAGGGAUGCGGGACAGACCCCACAGAGGGUGUAGACAAAAAGAGUGCUGCUCAGGCAUUCAAGGAAUGGUGGAGAAGUCAACCCUCAACAGAUCUAUAUGUUUUCUCAGAUGGAUCAGAACGGAACCUUGACAACAGCAGGCAGGUGGGCUAUGGCUUCAUAGUCUAUCAGGGAAAUAAACAGCUGGCCAGCUUCUCAGCUGCGCUGAGCCCUAUGUCACAUGUCUUCGACGCUGAGGCAGUUGGUGCCUGCCGGGCAUUGGACAACCCUCAGAUCUGGCUCUGCCUCGACAACACCUCAGUCAUCUGGGGCAUACGGGGCAGUGCAGCAGCCUCCUCAAACUGGGCCUACAACCGCUGCCAUGAGCUCCUCAGACAGCACAAUGUCGGCCUGAAAUGGGCUCCUGGGCAUAUGGGGAUAGAGGGCAAUGAGGAAGCAGACCGCUUGGCUAAGCGGGCAGUCUCAUCCACUGCAGCCCCAGCCUAUGGUCUCGAGGCCACACCCACAGUCAGUGGGGUCCGCACAGUGGCCAAGCAGCUCAGCCAAGAGGCAAGGCGAAAGUGGUGGAGUGGAGCCUGUGGCAGGCUCUCUGACUGGUACCGGGGCUGGAGUUUCAGCAGGCCGACUGUGGAAUACCAAGUGAAGGCCCCUCCGGAGCUCACCAUGCCACGGCAUGCCCUUCACCGCUGGCUCGCACUCCGCUCCUCUCAUGGGGACUUCUCCUGGUACCACAGGCGUUUCCAGCAUGCAGAUGCGAGGCUCACCUGUGUCUGUGGACACAACAAGAGCCCAGAACAUUUGGUGCUCUGUCGACACUCACAGAGGCACUUUCUUCACUGGCCCAAGAGGCCAGCAGCACGGCCACACAACCGGGCGACAGCUGUUGCCUAUCUAGGGUCUCUGACCCCUACAGACUUUGUAGAACUGCUGGACUGCACGCAGUUCUACACACGGUACUGCACAAGGUAA